AUUUCGAACCCCGCUCCCAUCGAUCCAUCUUGCUAAUCUACGAUCUCUGCCAAACAAGAUGGAUGAACUUCUUCUCCUCACAAAGACCAACAAAACAUUUGCACGUUCUGCUGCGCUCUGCUUCACUGAAACCUGGCUCAGUGACCGCCAUCCCGAUCCCGCGCUACAUCUACCCGGCUUCCGCCUUCUCCGAGCCGACCGCGACACGGAGCUAUCGGGGAAAUCGAACGGUGGUGGGAUUUGCUUCUAUAUCAACGAAGAAUGGUGCACUGAUGUCACGAAGCUCGACGCACACUGCAGCCCGGACCUGGAGUCGCUGUCUUUAAACUGCAAGCCAUUCUACUCGCCACAUGAGUUCACCUCCUUUUUACUAGUCGGUGUUUACAUUGCGCCACAAGCUAACGCUAACACGGCGAUACAAACGCUAGCCGAACAAGUAAACAAACUCGAACUAAAAUACCCAGAGUCACCCCUGAUCAUUUUGGGCGAUUUUAAUAGAGCACAUCUUAACCGUGAACUUCCCAGAUAUAAGCAGCACAUAGACUGUUUCACCAGAGAAGGCAACAUUCUAGAUCACUGCUAUACAACAAUCAAAAAUGCAUACCGAUCGGUCGCCCGCGCAGCAUUGGGUCUUUCUGACCACAAUUUAAUCCACUUAAUACCUACAUACAGACAGAAACUCAAAUGUGUUAAACCGGUUGUUAAGACUGUGAAAAAAUGGACAGAUGAAGCAAAGCUAGCUCUACAAGAAUGCUUAGACUGCACUGAUUGGGGCGUCUUUGAAACUUCAACGGGCACACUGGAUGAAUACACAGACACUGUAACAUCAUACAUCAGUUUCUGUGAGGACAUGUGUGUACCAACGAAGUCGUUCUGCUCCUUCAACAAUAACAAGCCAUGGUUUACUCCCAAACUCAGGCAACUCAGGAAAGAGAAAGAGGCCGCAUUUAGAAGUGGAGAUCGGGCACUGUACAAACAUGCCCGAAACCAAUUGACAAAGGAAAUUAACAUCGCAAAGAGAAGCUAUGCAGAGAGGCUGAAAAACCAGUUCUCUGCUAACGACUCUGCAUCUGUAUGGAAUGGCCUGAAAGCAAUCACUAACUAUAGAAUGCCAUCCCCCCAAACAGUGAACAAUAAGGGUCUUGCUAAUGAACUAAACAUGUUUUUCUGCCGAUUUGAAAAGGACACCCCCAUUUCCCACACACACCCACCUCUACCAGAAACCACUCUACCUAGCCCCCCACCCUCUUUUUCUCCACUACAGAUCCACGAACAGGACGUGAGACGGCUCUUCAAGCAGCAAAAGAUCAAGAAAGCUCCGGGGCCCGACAAAGUGUCCCCCUCCUGCCUGAAAGUCUGCGCUGACCAGCUGGCUCCGGUCUUCACACAAAUCUUCAACAGAUCCCUGGAGCUGUGUGAGGUCCCAUCCUGCUUCAAACAGUCUACCAUCAUCCCAGUUCCCAAGAAAUCGGCAACAUCGGAACUGAACGACUACAGGCCUGUCGCCCUGACGUCUGUGGUCAUGAAGUCCUUUGAACGCCUUGUGCUGAAUCACCUAAAGAACGUCACUGGACCCCUGCUGGAUCCUCUCCAGUUUGCCUACCGGGCAAACAGCUCUGCUUUCAACACCAUCAUCCCGGAACUCCUCACCCCCAAACUACUCCACCUCGGUGUGUCCCCUACGACCUGCCAGUGGAUCCUCAGCUUCCUGACGGGACGGACACAACAGGUGAGACUGGGAUCAACAACAUCAUCAAUACGCACUACCAGCACUGGUGCCCCACAGGGAUGGCCGAGCUAA